UUGCUUGAAAAGGUACCAGAAAGGACACACAAAAUAACACUCGUACUAUCAUGUGAGGUACCAGGUGCUAAUUGUACAGGAUACAUAUGAUCCCAGUUACUAAUCACUGAUCAAUCACUGAUUAGUAGAUGUGUCUGGUGAGAGAGCAAAUCGUAGAGAGAGAAAAUCAGAGACAGAGAGAGUGCAACAAUGGCGAUGGCGAGUGAGGGCAAGACGAAGGGACUGAACGUUUUGUUUUUGAAGACACAGCAAGAACGUUCCUCUCCCUGUCUCUACGUGGCUAGGAGAUAAACCCUAGUUUGAAUUCGUAUAACUGAGACAGUGAUGUUUAUUUCCCUACUUCUCCAAUGACUGGUCUCCCACGUCAAAUCCUAGCCCUAAUUUCUCAUCUCUUCUCCCCUUCUUUCUCUCUCCUCAGAACCUAAGGGCUGAAGCCAUGGCAAAGCGAGCACUGGAGCAAGCAGAUAAAGAAGAGAAAGGAGAGGAAGGUGAAGAGGAGGAGAGAGAAAGUGAGGUGAGAGAGGGUGAAGGGAGAGAAAUUGAGGAGAGAGAGGGCGAAGAGAGCGAACGCGAGGAGAGAGAGAGAAGGGGUUACAGUGGGGUUAGAAGAAAAAGAUACAGAAAAGGGGCGGAUGCUCAGGCGCUGUUUUGUAGGGCUGACAAGUGUGGGGUUGAUUUGAGCAUGGCGAGGAGGUAUCACAGGCGUUAUAGGGUUUGUGAGGAGCACGCUAAGGCCUCUGUGGUCCUGAUUGGAGGCGCUGCCCAGCGGUUCUGCCAACAAUGCAGCAGAUUCCACGAGGUCUCUCAAUUUGACGAGGCAAAGAGGAGCUGCCGCAACCGUUUGGCCUGUCACAACAAGCGUAGGAGGAAGCCAACCCCUGAAGCCCAGCCAAUGAGCACCCGCCCCCAGAAGGAGAUCAAGUGCAGUGGAGCAUGCAAGCUACACUGCAAGAAAGCGGUAGUUUCAAGCAUUUCGAGGAAGAAGGUAAAGUAACAGAUGUAAAUCCUAGAUUCAAGAGCGUCAAACCCCUCAUCUCGACCCCUAACAUAUCACAGAAACUACUGAAAUGUACACAUGUUAUCAGAUGGGUAGCUUCGACCCCAGAGAUAUGUACCACUCAUCCUGAAGCUUUAAGCUAUCGCACAAAUCCACCAACUACUAAAUGAAUGCGUUUAGAAGAUGGAAAAAAAAAGAAAAAACUGGUGUAAAGCUUAGGCUGAGGAGCUGUGUAUAAAACUUGCUCUGCUGUUGUAUAAUAUACUGCAAUGGAUCCAUUUUAGGA